UAACAACGAAAAGGCUGAAGCACUGAGUUCUACUUGUCAGACCUAUUUUACAAAAGCAGUCACUCUUUUUCAAGAAACAUUGAAGGAACUCUUGAAUGGAAAUAUAAGAAUAAAAGAUUUUCGAGAAGUUUUGAAAGCUGGUGAAAAGGUUAUCAGUAUCAAUCGCAUACUUACCACCCGUGGUUCCCCGACCGACUCAAAAGACAUACACAGGUGUUUGGAAAUGAGGCAAAAAGAAGUUGAUCGCAUCGAAAAAAUAAGAAAAGAUAUGCAGACUAUUGUGAAAAUAGGAGAAAUCUUACAAGUUGACACUAGAGACUUGCAGAAGCAUUUACGGAAAAUAUCGAGUAUUGAAGAGAAGAGGAUCGCCGAACUUUGCAUUCUACCAUCAGGAAGUCAGUCCCACCAGGAUCAAUAUAUACCUGUUAUAGUCGGCGAAGAAACAAUCCAAGGCAUGUUGGACAUCAUCCCAACUUUUCAAAGAUUGUCAGAAAACACAGUUUUCCUUCAAAUCUUGACUGAUGAGGAAAGCAAAGAAAUAAAGGACGAGUUUUCAAACAAAACGUGCGAAUUGAUCAUCAAAAAUGUUUGGCAAAACGCAGAAUCAAAAUGGAAAAGACUAUGCAAUGAAAUGAAAAGUGGAAAUAUCAAAUUUAAAACAUUUGAAAAAUAUUUCAAAGGUAUGAAUACGGAAGAAGUACGGACAGUUUUAAAGAUGAUGUCUGAUAAAGACGUUGGAUGGAUCGAUCAAAGAAUAAACCAGUAUCGUGACUUGAAAUUAAUGACACAGUGCUCCAAAGCAGCGAUUUUAAUUUUGAAGAUCGUCCAAGAAUAUGACUUAAAAGGAGAUUUCUCCCCAAUAAGAAGUCUCACUGAAAUGGGGCACAUUGGAGAAAAUAGUCUUAAAUCAAUAGAUAAAUCAAAGUUGGAAGUGUGUAAAGUUUUGCAUGGUAUAACCGAAGAAAAUGUUGAGUGCCUUCAAGCAUUUAUUGAAAGCAAACCAUUGAUAAAAUGGUUGAAUGAGAACUUGAAAGAGGACGAAUUAAAAGUGUUUGUUGACCUAGCCACCAUCGCUGCUGGUGAGGGAGAUAUAGAAGUAGCAAAGGUGAAGUGUCUUCAGUCUGCUACAGCGGGAUAUGCUCCACUGAUAUUUAUCUUGAAAAAACCAUGUGACUCCAAACUGUUUCUUGGAAAAUGCAAACAAGUAUGGAAGGAAUGCGAGACAGACAAGGCCCUGCCUAGAAAACUGAGAGAUACAUGUAAUCAUCUGGAAUGGAUUGAAAACGUUAAGUCAGCUACUGGAUCAGUAGAAGUGACUUCAUUGAAACUGGCUGAAAAUAUAAACCAACAUGGGUUUUACAUAAUUGGUGGAUUAAAAACAUUAUCCUCAAGGACAAAAUUGGUAUUUCAGACGAACUAG